CUGCGCUGCACUGCGCACGCGCCUCCCCGCCCCGCGAGACCCGCCGCUCGCCCCGCACCAAUCGGCAGCCGCUCCGAGGCCGCGACUCCGGAAGUCCCCGCGCGACGAGGGAAGUGACGUCCCGGCGUGCUGACGCGCGCGCUCGCACCGAGGCCUGAUUCCGCGCCCGCCAUGGCCGACAAAAUGGACAUGUCUCUGGACGACAUCAUUAAGCUGAACCGGAGCCAGCGAGGCGGCCGCGGCGGGGGCCGGGGCCGCGGCCGGGCCGGCUCCCAGGGUGGCCGCGGCAGCGGAGCGCAGGCCGCCGCGCGCGUGAAUCGAGGUGGCGGGCCCAUCCGGAACCGGCCGGCCCUCGCCCGCGGUGCCGCCGGCGGCGGCGGCAGGAACCGGCCGGCGCCCUACAGCAGGCCAAAACAGCUUCCUGACAAGUGGCAACACGACCUCUUCGACAGCGGCUUUGGAGGCGGUGCCGGCGUGGAGACCGGAGGGAAACUACUGGUGUCAAAUCUGGAUUUUGGAGUAUCAGACGCUGAUAUUCAGGAACUCUUUGCUGAAUUUGGAACUCUGAAAAAGGCAGCUGUACACUAUGACCGAUCUGGCCGGAGUUUAGGGACGGCAGACGUGCACUUUGAACGGAAGGCCGACGCUCUGAAGGCUAUGAAACAGUACAACGGGGUCCCUUUGGAUGGCCGUCCCAUGAACAUCCAGCUCGUCACAUCACAGAUCGAUACACAGCGGAGACCUGCACAGAGCGUGAACCGAGGUGGAAUGGUGCGAAGCCGCGGCACCGGGGCUUUCGGAGGUGGUGGCAGUGCUCGGAGAGGCUCCCGCGGGGGCAGCCGGGGGAGAGGCCGAGGAGCCGGCAGGAGCUCACGACAGCAGCUCUCUGCGGAGGAGCUGGACGCCCAGCUGGAUGCCUAUAACGCCCGGAUGGACACCAGCUAAGCGGACUGGCGGAUCCAUGUGUGCGCAGGACCCCGGCAGCUCGUCCACGCUCCCCAGAGGGAGGGAGGGGGCGGUGGGGCUGUGCAGCCGAGGGUUUGUUUCUUUUAUGUUUUAAAAUAGGAUUUAAAAUCUCAUGUAAAGGUUGUUUUUUUUUUGUUUUUUUUUU